AAGCAAAUGUGUCAAAUAUUUUGGGACGGAGGGAGUAAGUGAUUUCCGAUGCCAACCUUUUUACCAAAUUACCCCUCCCACUUUCUCCCUAUAUAUACCAACGUCCAAACCAUAUAUCCAACCCCCACCCACCCCCCUCUCUCUCUCACUCCUUCAUCUCUCUCCGUCCGCCAUGGCUAAAGGAGGAAAGCUCACUAAGCUCAAAUCCGUGCUGAAGAAAAUGCAGUCCUUCAAACUCGGCUGCCCCAACGGAACCUCCGCCGCCUCCGUCGCCGCCGCCAGCUCCUCUUGCGGCGACGAAGUGGAGACUAAUAACAACAACUACAACAGUUUCUCCGACGCCGGCGGCGAUGGCAGCGUCGGCUGCGGCGACUCGAGUCUCCUCCGUCCAGUCUACGUCGGGAAAUCUCGCCGGAGAUACCUCGUGGGCCCGGACGUCGCCGAGCACCCGCUCGUCCGCGAGCUCGUGGACCGGUCCGGUGAUGGUUCGGGCGACGGUCCCAUCACGGUCGGGUGCGAGGUCGUGCUCUUCGAGCAUCUCCUCUGGAUGCUCGAGAAUGCGAACCCGCAGCCCGAGUGUCUGGAUGAGUUGGUGGAGUUCUACGCAUGCUGAAAACUGAUCAUUAUGAUUUUUGUGAUAUAUAUCAAAAGUUGAAUAAAUCUAAAUAGGUUAUAGAUUUAUAUUUAUUCAACUUUUAAUAUAACUAAAAUUCAAAAAAAAAAAAGCCAUAAGGGAAGUUAUGUGGUAGUGAAUCUGAGGUGUUUUAAGUGGUUCUAUGUCUCACUCAAAGUAAAAUGUAAGAUCGUUU